GACUUGCGCUCUCGCGGGAAGCGGCAGAGGCGUUUGGGGGCUCAGGGAGGUGGGGCGCUCGGCCUCUCGGGAAGAGGGCGGAAUGGAGAAGCGGGGCCGAAGCGGGAAGCUGUCCUUGAACCAGACCGUUCAGGGGCCAGCCAUGACGCCUCGGAAAGAGAGGAGGCCUAGCAUGUUCGAGAAGGAGGCCUAUACACAGAUUUUAAGAGAAAGACUGAAGGAAUCAUUUCAUGAUGUUCACUAUAUAGAGCCUCCAUUUGAUGAUUCGGUUACUGAUAUAGGGAAAGAAUGGAAGAAUGCCCUAGCGAAAUUACGGUUUGCAAAUUCAUACAGAAUGGAGCCACUGAAAAAAUUCCAAGCUUAUUCAGUACAGACUAAAGUCCAGCAGAUACUAAAGGAAACUCUGAAAGAUGUCAAAUAUGAUGAUAAAGUCUUCUCUCAUUUGUCACUUGAAUUAGCAGACCGCAUAUUGUUAGCGGUCAAAGAAUUCGGGUACUACCGUUAUAAGUUCAUUAUAAAAGUAUUAUUUAUUCAAAAGACUGGUCAGGCAAUAAACAUUGCCAGCCGAUGGAUCUGGGAUGUUACAUGGGACAGCUGGGUUGCAGCUCAACAUGAAACGGAAACUUACGUGGCAUUGGCCUUGGUAUUUGCUCUGUACUGUGAAUAGCUUGUACAUGUGCUAAGGAAUGUUUACUUCUCAACUUUUAAAAAAUGCUUGAAAUUCAUAGAUUUGUGAACUGCACAGUAGUUUUGAUUAGCUAUAUUUUUAUCUCAAUUGAAGCUUAAUUGUAUUUUUUAACAACAAAUAAAAGCUGGAUCUUUA